ACGUAAUCAAAACAAAAAUAGCUCUAUUGAUAUUGAAAUCACUGCAAGUGAUCUGAUUUUUAGACUCAGUCUUGACGACGCGGAGAGCCGGCAACAUGGACGCAGCGAAAGCAAGACCGUCAGACGCAUCUUCGGUCGACAGUGGAUUCAAUCAGGAAAACGAAGAAAUGCUAUAUAAUCGACGCCCAUCAAGCUCGUCUUCUCGUAUCAGCUUCCACUCGGAAGGAAAAGAGGUCCACCUAAAUUGCCGCAACUGCAAGGCGACCCUAGCCAUACCCCGAGCUGUCACAUCUGUGGAAGAGCUCCAGGCUGAGGGCGUGGCUCUGGAUCCAGCGUACGAGCAGGAACAGGGGAGGGAUGUGGAAAUAUGUUUGCCAGACGUUGACGUGUAUUGUUUGCCCGUCAAAACCUUUUACGACCCAGACGACAAGUGCAAGCGCGAUAUAGUGUGCGUAAAGGAAAAGUGCAACGUAUACAUGAAAAAAAAGACGCGGACCAAACUGAUGUGGUUUCAGCAUUACGUCAUGUUGAGAUGCUACUGCUGCAAAUGCGAAAAAAAAGUUGGGAGUUUUUUCAAGCCAAAAGACGAGACAUCCAAACUCCCAACGUUUUACGGUCUCAUGCUUGAAAAGCUGGACGGAAAGCACCAAGAAGAGUUGUACCUAAGAUGCCGCCGAUGUCAACACAGAGUAUCAUGGAGGGACCGCAUUGUAAACUUGAGAGAUCACGUGCCUAUUGGAUCUGGAUUUCACGGGUCGGAAGACAUUAAUCUUUUUAAUGAAAGAGUUCAUACUCAAGUUCACAGUUUCAAAGAUCAAGCAAAUGAUUACCACGUUUUUCUAACUGUAGAAGAUGCUGACUUUGAGUGCCAGAGUGAGAAAAAUGAAGUAAAGAGUAAUUGGUUUGUUGGUCUUACGGCAGUUGAAUGCAGAUGCCCCCGGGACUGGUGCAAGCGGUUCCUUGGUUGGCGCUUCCAAAAUGAUGACCGGCGUUUCUACGGCUUACUUGUCAAGGAACUACAUGGACCCCACCUGAAAGGAUGGUUGUGGUGUGAGUCUUGUAGAGAAAAUUUAUUCCAACUGGAAGACAUCGAUCCCAAGGAUCCAGUUUCAUCCAAGGUAGUCUACGAGGAGAGUGCAGUUGUUGGUCGAGUGUUUGGAGUCCGUGUUCCAGUACUUAAGGAUGAACAAGGUUAGUGUGUUAAAUGUGGCAUCAAAUGUUACGAUUAAAACAAAAAGAAGACCUUGGAUAAUG